CGCGGCCGUUGGUGAGUCCAGGGCGCGGACGCAAAGGAAGAGCGGCCGCCAGAGCGGGAAGGGGGCCCCCACAGUCUGCGACUCUUCGCAUUUCUCUGAGAGGAACAGAGCUCUUCUCAGUUGUGAGAGGCCUUUGGCAAUGAGCAUCCGCUGGCGGAGGCCGCGCCCGUUCUCGCUUGCUGAGUCUCACGGGAAACGUAGUCCGAAGGGGGGGAGGGCAGGACCUGCCGAGCAGGCGCGUGGUUGGCCAGGGCGGGGUCGCCAUGGCUACGCGCGGGGGCGGUGGGCGGAGCCUCUUCACAGAGGCGGCUUUCUGGUGCCGGCGCCUCGGCGGAGGUCCCUCUUGUUGGCUACAAGAAGACACCCAGUACAACAAUGCCAUCCCCACUGGGCCCCCCACGCCUGCCCUCUGUGGACGCCGUGGCCAUCCUGGAGGAGCCUGAGGCAGCACGCCUGCGCUUCCGAGGAUUCUGCUACCAGGAGGUGGCAGGUCCCCGUGAGGCCCUGGCCCGGCUUCGAGAGCUGUGCCGCCAGUGGCUGCGGCCGGAGGCAUGCUCCAAGGAGCAGAUGCUGGAGCUGCUGGUGCUGGAGCAGUUUCUGAGCACACUGCCCCCCGAGAUCCAGGCCUGGGUGCGGGGCCAGCGGCCAGGCAGCCCUGAGGAGGCUGUAGCCCUGGUGGAGGGCCUGCAGCAUAACCCUGGGCAGCUACUGGGCUGGAUCACAGCCCGUGUCCUGAAGCAAGUGGUGUUCCCAGCAGCACAGAAGACAGAGGAGUCCCUGGGGAGAUCCCACCCUUCAGGGACAGUGGAACUUCUCGGGGCCACCUCUCGGGAGGGAUCCCAGGACACCCAGAUGGAGAGGUCUGCCCAGCUUAGCUGCCGUGUGAAGGAGGAGCCAGAUGCUGAUGGGCAGGAGAUGGCAUCUUCCAGUCCCCCAGUUCCAGCCCAGUGCCACGAGGGGCACCCUGGACACCGGGAACCAGCUUCCGCGUCCUUCCACCCCCCCAGGAUUCAGCAGGAAUACCAGCCCCCCAGCCGGAGGCACGGGCGGAGUUGGAGCCUGGGGCACUGCGUACGGGGACAGAGGGUCGAAGAAGCCUCCACCCGGGAGAUGAAAGUGAGAGCCACUGCGAGGGUCCACCCCAGUGCCCAGAGGCCCAGCCACCCCAGGGCCCGGGAUCGGUCACCUGGGAGGGCCCGUCUGGGGCCUCUGUGUCUGCCAGGGCAAUGCUGGGAACAGGGCUGGAGGCCGGUGCCCUGCGAAGGAAGCCUUAUACCUGUGAGCUGUGUGGCCGAGGCUUUGACUGGAAAUCAGUCUUCGUCAUCCACCACCGGACCCAUGCGGAAGGGCAGGGUCCACAGGCCCUGGGCAUCGGGGGUGCUCAGAAACUGCCUCUGGGUUCCCGGGAGCUGGGCACACCCCGGCCCCCCCGGCGCAUGCUCCCAGGCCCUCGGAGCUAUGUGUGUGAGGACUGUGGGCGCAGCUUCAGCUGGAAGUCACAGCUGGUCAUCCACCGCAAGGGCCACGUGGGCCAGCGGCGCCACCUCUGUGGGGACUGCGGCCGUGGCUUUGAUUGGAAGUCCCAACUGGUCAUCCACAGGAAGAGCCACCGACCCGAAGCCCCAUGAAGGGCCCGAGAAGGUGUCCUCAUCCUGCGGGCUUGGGAGCUUCCAGGGCCUGCACACAGUUCCCAGCGCUCUGGUUCCAGCCUUCCCCGGGGCUGCUCAGCCUCUAUGAUUCUUGGGGGCAGCAGAGGACACUGGUGAAUCAGAGUUCCCAGGAGGUUCCCCUGUCCCAGUUCAGUCUCCCCCAAACAGCCACCUGGGCGUAAGUAGAAAGAAGCUGAUCCUCCUUCCACCACCCCAUGAGGCCCGAGUUAGAAUCUGCUGCCUAAGCCUGGUGACUUCCCGGCUCUGAGACCCCAGCUGUGACCCAAUGCAGGCUGACAGGCCAAGGACUCCCCCUACCCCUGGGAUCUCAGUGGCCCCAGGUGGCUGCUCAGAAACUGCCCCUUUCCACCCUUCCUGAAGCUUCCGGGCCCCAUGUCUUGGUGUGGAAGGUGCAGACAGCCCAGGAGAAUAUUCCUUGCCUCUGUUUGCAGGCAGAUAGAAAACUAGUGCCCAUCCACGUUUGAGAUUUUUUAGAAAUUUCACUUUCAUAAUGGAAAGUUUCUGUGUAAGAAUCCUGAUCUCUGCUUUCCACGGGUCAGAAUAUUGGCAGUGCCACUGAACGACUAAGCCACCCAGGCUUAGUUACCCCACGUGAACCCUCUUAAAGCAUGGAGUUUUCUCUGGCUGGUGACAGGAAAGGAAGUCCAAAGGACUCGAAGCAUGGGGUACCUGGGUGGCUCAAUUAGUUAAACAUCUGCGUAUGAUCCCAGGGUCCUGGGAUGGAGUCCUGCAUUGGCCUCUCUGCUCAGUGGAGUCUGCUUCUCCCUCUGCCACUCUCCACCUUGCCCCCCUCACCACCAUCUCAAAUAAAUGACAUAAAAUCUUAAAAAAAAAAAAAAAAUCGGAAGCCUGAGAAGGAUUUGAUUCACCACUGCUGGCUUGUAAGAUAGAGGGAGUCCCACCGUGACCUCUGGAAG